AUGAAGGACCGACUGGCUCAGCUUAAGGAGACAAGUGAUGCUGGAGGAGAUGACGUUGAGGUACCUGUGGAGAAUGAUGCUUUUAUGGAAGAUUUUUUUGCCCAGAUUGAGGAUAUCCGCACCAGUAUUGAAAAGAUUGACGAGAAUGUAACAGAAAUUAAAAAACUCUACUCCACCAUUUUAUCUGCCCCCACAUCUGACCAGAAAACACAGGAUGAUCUUGAAGCAUUCACCAAUGAGAUUAAGAAGUCUGCCAACAAUGCAAGAAACAAACUUAAGAGCAUUGAACACCAGCUUGAGACAAACAAAGAUGAGAGGGCCUCUGCUGACCUCAGGAUAAAAAAAUCACAGCAUGCUAUCCUGGCGAAGAAAUUUGUCGAGGUCAUGACAAAAUACAAUGAGGCACAAGUUGACUUCAGAGACAAGAGUAAAGGACGAAUUGCCCGACAGCUUGAAAUCACUGGCAAAGCAACAACUGAUGAGGAGCUGGAAGAGAUGCUAGAGGGAGGCAAUGCCGCUGUCUUCACUGCUGGGAUUAUGGAUUCAAAUAUAAACCAGCAGGCCCUGAACGAGAUUGAGGCUCGUCAUAAAGACAUCAUUAGAUUGGAGAGCAGCAUCAAAGAGCUCCAUGAUAUGUUUGUUGAUAUUGCAAUGCUGGUUGAGAACCAGGGUGGCAUGAUUGACAGAAUUGAAAGUAACAUGGACCAAUCUGUGGGAUUUGUAGAAAGAGCAGUGGCUGACACUAAGAAAGCAGCCAAAUUCCAACAGGAAGCACGCAGGAAACAAAUGAUGAUCUUCUGUUGUUGUGUGAUAUUGGCCCUCGUCCUCGGUUCUUUUGUCUACAGUUUUAUCAAAUAA